UUAACUGGAAAAGCAAUGGGAAUCUACAGCACCUGCUCUUAAUUGACCUCUAUGGAUCACAAUGUCGGUACAUUACAAAAGGGCUCGCGCAGAUAUUAUGCAGAUAUGCAUGCAUUCUACAGAUAAAGCAAAAUGCAUGACUUUAAACUGUUAUAAACACUUUCAAAUAUGAACUUUGGACAAAUGGGAUAAUCUCCAAAUUUGUCUUUAGCUGACCUAUUUACACACUUGUACAACACCACAUCACAUGGACCUUGCACCACAAAGCUGUUUGACUAAUGUGUAAUCUGACUUGCCCCACUGCUGUGUUUUCACGUUGACUUCUACCGAGUGACGUCUGAGUUCACGGUGCAUGGCAAUUACACUAUAGAUGCCGGGGGUGUCAAUAUCUGAUUUUCUUUUAUUAAUUUAUUGAAGAGGUAUUGUAUAGUGUGUUGCUUCUAGAUCCCCAAACCCCUGAAAACCACGAAUAGUGCUCGUGAGUGGUCUCAUUCUGGCGUGUACACCAGGGCUUUGACCCAUCUAAUAUUAUAGGAUUAUAAUUAAUUUAAUUAAAACGCCUGCAUUUGUAAUAUAAACAAUGCAUAAAGAUUUAAUAGCUGCCUUUGUUUAAUAUAAAGCACUAAGUGCAUAUUAAUUAUCUAUACAUAGGAUUAUUUGCUUUACGUUUAUCGGUGGCUGGAUUAAAUUAAACUAUUCAGAGAGUGGAGAGGUAAGUGUGGGCCCGUGGGGGGGUAACUACUCCAUAUUAGCCUAGCCUAGCCUAGCCCGUGAGCACUCGGAUAGAUAGCGCUGCUGCGCUGUCUCCAGCGUGGGCUGCCGCUACAGGAGCAGAGGAACCUCUGAGUCAACCGUGAGCCGCACGGGGCAGGACACCACCGAGCAGCCUCACCGAAGAGCACGAAAUCCACAGGGCGUGUAACAGCGUUUGGCCGUGUUUUCUGUGACAGGGCAUCUAAAAACACUAAAAAUGACAGCCACAAAGCCACAGAGCAUGCUCCGAGAAGCCUCUCGUCAGGUCAUCGCCGGUGGAUCCGCUGGUCUGGUAGAGAUCUGCUUGAUGCAUCCCCUCGAUGUGGUGAAGACGAGGUUUCAGAUCCAAAGAGGAACCACUGACCCCACCAGCUACAAGAGCCUGGGUCACUGCUUCCGGACAAUUUUCCAGAGUGAAGGAGUAUUUGGAUUCUACAAGGGAAUCCUACCUCCUAUUCUGGCAGAGACACCAAAGAGAGCAGUCAAGUUUUUCACCUUUGAGCAGUACAAGAAGUUGCUGAAUUUGACCCCUUUGUCUCCCGGUGUGGCGCUGUCUGCAGCAGGGCUUGGUUCUGGCUUGACUGAGGCUUUAGUGAUCAAUCCAUUCGAGGUGGUGAAAGUCAGUCUCCAGGCCAACAGGGAUUCCUUCAAAGAGCAACCCUCCUCCUUUGCCCAAGCAAGACGGAUAAUUAAGUCAGACGGCUUUGGACUGAGGGGCCUUAAUAAAGGAUUAACAUCAACACUGGGGCGCCAUGGAGUUUUCAACAUGAUCUACUUUGGCUUCUACUUCAAUGUCAAGGACGCUAUUCCUACCAACCCGGACCCUACCCUAGAGUUCCUGCGCAAGUUUACCAUCGGCCUGUUGUCUGGGACCAUCUCCUCCUGUGUGAAUAUUCCCUUCGAUGUUGCCAAGAGCCGGAUCCAGGGCCCCCAGCCAGUGCCAGGAGAGAUCAAGUACCGCACCUGCUUCCAGACCAUGGCACUAGUGUACCGCGAAGAGGGGUAUUUGGCACUAUACAAGGGAUUGGUUCCCAAGAUAAUGAGGCUUGGACCAGGUGGAGCAGUAAUGCUGUUGGUCUAUGAAUAUGUGUCUGAGUGGCUGCAGAGAAACUGGUAACAAAACAGGGAACCCCACAAUGGUGCCUUGUGAACUGUGCCUUAUUGCAAGUAUCGUUACCUGAUCAGAGUAUAUCGGAAUAAAUUUGAUUUUUUUUUUUAUCUUGAAUACAAAAAACUCAAAUUACCAAAUCAGCAUUAUAUUAUGUUUUAAAAUGCAGCUUUCAUUUCCCACAUUCAAAAUGCUACAACACAUUUUGAGUCUGAAGGAACUGUUCUAAUACCUGAAAAUAGUCUUCAUUGAGUUUAAAAUCAUUGACAAAUCAGUGUUCCUAAUGAAGUCAUGCAUUAACAUAGUGUUUUCACAUUUCAUUGGUUGUAGUUCUCAUGUUUUUCUACUUUUUUGGGCUCAUCUCACUGGUUUGGUGCAACAAUCACAGAUUAAAUAGACAAAGACAAAGUAGACUGAGCUGAACGCUUCAGAAUAUGAACUCUAUUUAUAUAGAAAUACUUGAAAUGUGUUCAAAUGACAUAAAACACCAAAAAUAGAGUGAAGGCAUUUUUAUGAUUAUCCUGAUUUCUGUCUAUUUACAGCUAUACUUGAACAUAUAUCCUCAAUUAAGAUGAGUUUGUACAACGAUCAAUCUCCAGUCUCCUAUUUUAUCACAUUAUAAUAUAUAUAUACAUAUUCAUCUUUUUAUGGUAUAUGUAUUCAUAAAUGCAAAUACAAGAUGCAAUCAGGAAGUUCAGACAUAGUGUGCAUAAAACAGUAGAAAUCAUAUUUAAAUUUAAAUUCAGCAGCCUUCAAGAACACCUCAUUGUGCAGCAAAGCACUGCUCCCAGUGCUACUGCAACUUUUGGAGGAUUCCUUGGAAGUCUGCUGAUUGAUUACAUCUAUCUUCAUCCGUGUACUACUGAGCCUUAGCAGAAAUAGUGUUUUAAUGUCUAAAAAGAACACUGGCGUUAUGAAAGCUUAUUGCAAAAGUUAUUAAUGCAUAUGUUUUUGCCAGUUUGUUCUUAAUACACGGAUCAAACUUGGCACCAGAAGCCCAUGGCAUCGCAAAGGCACGCGGAGAGUCUCUUUUGAUGUCGUUCCAUAAUUAUACUGGAUGCUGGGGGCAAACCGUCCUGCCUGAGACAAUCAGUCACAAAACUGUCAACACCUUUGAGAGCUUCCUGUUUUCCACGUUAUUUAAAAAAAAAACAACAACAACAAUUUAACAUGCAGUUCAGUUUUUUCAAUAAUCAUUUUCUGGCUUUGUCAAGAAAAGUGCUAUGGAAAAUAUGAAGGUUUUGGUGCACCCUGCACCAUGAAAAUGGACAGUAUUCGAUGGGAUUCUUCUGUUUUUAAUGUACCUCCAAAAAAAAAUCUGAGUUUUAUAUGUUUUCAAGGUUUUAUUGAUAAAAUGUUGUGUGGAUUUUCCUUUUUAAGACCUUCCUGAAAAAAAAACCUCAAAACAAAAACAACAACUGGACAGUUCUUUCAUGUAUUGGUAACAAAUAAAAAGAAAAAAUGAACCCA